UCUUCCCGCAGAUCCGGCUGCGGUGCCAGAAGGGGAUCCCGCCCUCUCUGCGGGGCCGUGCCUGGCAGUACCUCUCCGGGAGCAAGGUUAAGUUGGAGCAGAACAUGGGCAAGUUUGAUGAACUGGAUCUCCUCACGGGAGAGCCCAAGUGGCUGGAUGUGAUCGAGCGGGAUCUCCACCGGCAGUUCCCCUUCCAUGAGAUGUUCGUCUCACGUGGAGGCCACGGGCAGCAGGACCUGUUCCGGGUGCUGAAGGCGUACACGCUGUACCGCCCGGAGGAGGGAUAUUGCCAGGCCCAGGCGCCCAUCGCCGCCGUCCUGCUCAUGCACAUGCCGGCCGAGCAAGCGUUCUGGUGCCUGGUGCAGAUCUGUGAGAAGUACCUCCCUGGCUACUACAGUGAGAAGCUG